AGGGAGCAGUGAGGUCGCGCUCGACCACGAAACUCAAAACUCGGGUUUUACCCCAUUUGGAUUUGGGAACCCCCUCUUUCCCCCUUUUUAUAACCCCCAAAACCCUUCUUCCCCUUCCUCCCUCCCUCCCUCAAAUUUCACCGUCAAUUCAACCACAUAGAGCUUCAUGUUGAUAAUCGCGACAUGAUUAACAUGAAUUCAAACGAGUUGAAUUACCUAGUCUACCGUUAUCUUCACGAAUCAGGUUUCACGCAUACUGCGUUCACAUUAGGUUACGAGGCCGCACUGAACAAAAGUACACUAGACGGAAACGUAAUUCCACCCGGUGCUCUUGUAACAUUUGUGCAAAAAGGAAUUCAGUAUCUCGAACUAGAAGCUAAUCUCUCAUGCAAUGAUUCCGAUGUUGAUGAAGAUUUCUCGUUUAUACAACCGAUUGAUCUCAUUACAAAAAACGUUUACGAGCUACAACAAAUGAUAAAAGAGAAGAAGCAAAAUGUUCAAAAAACUAAAAACCGAGAAAAAAACCGAGACAAUCGGGAGCACGAGCAAGAACAUUCUAGAGAGAAGGACAAAGAACAUUUUAGAGAAAAGGAAAUCGAACGAGAAAAAGAACGAGAAAAAGAACGACUACAUGUUAGAGAAAGAGAGAAGAAAGUUGAAAUUGAACGAGAAAAGGAACAAGAAAAGGAAAAACAAAUAAGGGACAAAGAACGGGAAUUGGAGAAAGAGAAAAGCGAGAGGGAAAAAGAUAAGGUGAAACAAAAGGAAAAGAAAAACGAAGAUGUUACGGAUGUUAGACGCGACGAGGAUAAUGUACGAGUCCAACAUGAAGAGAAUGUGAUCACUGAAGGAGGACCAGAUCCAAUGGAAAUCGACAACAGUUUGGCAUCUAUGUCUGCUCUCAUUCCCAAUUCUGAUGUAACCGUUUUGAAAGGUCAUACUUCUGAGGUUUUUGUAUGUGCAUGGAGUCCAACCGAGUCUCUUUUGGCAUCCGGAUCUGGAGAUUCCACAGCUAGAAUCUGGACCAUUCGCGAUGGCCCAUGUAGAUCCGAUACACAAAACGGGCCCUCAAACGUUGCAGUUUUAAAGCACUACAGAGGUAGAACAAAUGAUAAGAGUAAAGACGUAACCACACUCGACUGGAAUGGUGAGGGUACACUACUUGCAACCGGUUCUUAUGAUGGUCAAGCCAGAAUAUGGAGUAAAGAUGGGGAGCUGGUAAAUACAUUAACAAAACAUAAAGGGCCGAUAUUUUCGUUGAAAUGGAACAAGAAAGGGGAUUAUCUUCUAAGUGGCAGUGUCGACAAGACCGCAAUCGUAUGGGACAUUAAAACCGGAGAAUGGAAGCAGCAGUUUGAAUUUCAUACAGCACCUACUCUCGAUGUUGAUUGGCGCAACAAUGUGUCGUUUGCAACGUGUUCAACUGACAACAUGAUUUAUGUUUGUAAAGUUGGAGAUAAUCGACCUGUUAAAGCUUUUGCGGGGCAUCAGGGUGAAGUUAAUGCUAUCAAAUGGGAUCCUACUGGUUCACUUCUAGCGUCAUGCUCGGAUGAUUCUACUGCUAAGAUAUGGAGCUUGAAGCAGGAUACCUGUUUGCAUGAUUUGAAGGAGCAUACAAAGGAAAUAUAUACAAUCAGAUGGAGCCCCACGGGUCCUGGAACUAAUAACCCUAACCAGCCAUUAGUGUUGGCAAGUGCAUCGUUCGACUCUACUAUAAAGCUAUGGGAUGUAGAAACUGGAAGACUUCUUCACAGCUUAGUUGCCCAUGGGGAUCCUGUAUAUUCUGUGGCAUUUAGCCCAAACGGGGAGUACUUAGCAAGUGGGUCAUUGGACAAAUGCAUGCACAUAUGGUCUGUGAAAGAAGCAAGGGUGGUGAAAACAUACGAGGGAAGUGGCGGGAUCUUUGAAGUAUGCUGGAACAAAGAAGGCGAUAAGAUCGGGGCGUGUUUCUCAAACAAUGUUGUUUGUAUCUUGGAUUUUCGUAUGUAAUCUUAGUUUUAGUUUUUUCGGGGAGGUUGGAUGUUUUUAGGUAAUUUGGUAUAAUGGUGAUUUAGUAGUAACCUGAACUUGUAGCUUGGCCUGGUAUAACAUUACAUGCCUGCAAUUUAGAUAACAAGAGGUUGCUUUCUCCUUGGGUGUUAUUGGCACCAUUGGUUUAUUAAUUUCAUUUUUUUGGUGAUCAAAAUC